CCGGGAAAAUGGCGGACCUUCCAGAGGACAAGUUUUUGUACGAGUCCAUUGAUGGUAGCAUGAAGGAAUCCUUUGGAAAAGCUGUCAUAAAUGCUGCAAUGAGUUUAGAACAAACUAAUCCACAGCCUCAGACCCACUCUUUCCUCGAGUAUCCUUCCCUGAGACUCUCUGCUUUUGAGGAGGGAACAAAGUCACCUUUAAGCGGGCUAAUCUCCUCUACCUCCUCCCCCAGUAAGAAGAUAGUUAUUGGCUCUGGAUUCGUUGAUCCUUCUCCAUUGUCUGAACAAUCAACAGAAUCUCCUGUAAGCGUACUAAGCACAUCAGCAUCAACGACCAUUUCUCCUCUGCCAUAUUUUACUACGAGCACUAAUCUCAAAAUAUUUCUCACUUCAUCUUCAGUCCUAAAAUCUGACGCCGUUUCAAAAGAAGAGACGGUUGCUAUGGAUACGGAUAACGUCAAGCCACUCCCACUCAACUUAGCUCGUUACCUUUCCUCUUGUUACGUCAUGUACUGUCGCCGUGAUGACGGUAACCGUGAGCAACUACCCGAGUUAUGGCUCUUGUGUCAAGACGACGAUUCCAGUAGCAGUACAGUUGCUAUUGGUUGUGUACCGUUAGAAAAAGAGAUUAUGUUGUAUCAGGUUAGAGAGGGGAACAAACCGUUAAUGAUCAGUAAUUAUAAAACCUUUUCGUUAAAACCGGACACUUUUCUACCUCGUGCUUUAUCUCUAAAGAAAAAACCGGCAAAAAGAGAUGGCCCAUUUCUCUCUCACUCCAUUUAUCACUUUGGGUUUGAUGUUGAUGAGGAUAAUGAAUCCGAGCCCACUACCAGUCAUAUAUCUCUCGAGUUUAAAUGGGAAGCGUCAAAGUCCAACUUUACUCCUCCUCCUACGUCUUCUUCCGCAACUUUAAAUAUCUCGUCCACUCCUGGUUCUCUCUACUCUCCAAUCCUUCACGUCUUCAAAGAGUUGCAGCUGUUGAUUUAUUUGACUGAAAUUUAUUCGGGUAAGAGGGAGUGGACCGACAUGGAAACGGAUACAGAGAGCAUCAUGUCCCCGUCCAAGUCUUCUCUCUCAUCAAUGGCCUCUACCUUCCUCUCUGAACUAUCCAGUGGUGUAAAAGCUGCUGAUUCAACUCUUGUUUCACCGUCCGCUCUAGUCUCUUUGUUUCAAGCAAGAGACGAUUUUGAUUUUGUUGAUCAGUUGUGGUCAUUCCUAAAGGGUGUGUCUGAUCCAAUUGACCUUACUAACGCUCUCAGUGUUGUAUUCAUGUCCAUCCUUAAAGGCAAGACUCAGCCUUUCCUACAACCGGAUAAGACCAGUACACUAGCUAGCCUCUUUCGUUUAUCUCUUCUUGCCGACACGACGGAAAAACGUGAGGUAUCUGCUGCUAAAUUGCAGGCUUUGCUGACUCAAGAGAAAUCUCUUAAAGCUCUAAUUGAGAUAGGAAUAGAGAAAAUGGAGAAGGACUACUUGUGGUACUUCUUAUCGAAUAAUUUUGCUAGUAAGAAUGAGAUCCUACAGUUCUUUCUUCCCGAUACAGCUACACUCUUGGAUCGUGUACACAUGCUCUCUUCAUUGCAUUGCGUGCUGGAGCUGACGGCGGAUAUGAGCAAUUUCUUUGCCCUCCCUAGGAACAGGGUCACUUCAUUUGUGAGGUCAGUUAUAAGUUAUUAUCGUGACGUCCCUGUAACACACUUUACCACAACUCCAACUUUCUCUGUCACUUUCCCACCUCUCUCUCCCGAAGUGAAAACUUUUACUGGUUUGGCGUCUUCUAUCCCUCCCUCUCGUCUCUCUCUGGAGGCUUCUUCCAGAUCAAUUGUAGCAAUUUCUGAGCCUUUAUUGAAGUUUAUGUACAAGUCACAGAGUUUGGAGGAAGAUUUUGAAGGGAACAUCACUGCUAUGUAUGUGUAUUGUGCUGACAAGGAACUGCUGUCCUUGUAGUAUAAGUAAAUUUGAUGAAUAGUAUGUACUAUGUAGUUAAAAUUAUAGAUCAUGAAAUUUUUAGAAAUUUUAG